AUGUCCUAUCCAUACUAUACAGAAUUUUUUGUUCGAUAUCCAAAAUUUCAAGAAAGGGAUGAAAAAGAACGAACUGUUGAUCCAAGAAUAGAAUUAGAGAAAAAAUGUGCAGUCAAAUGUGUAAGACCAGUUAAUGAAUAUCAAAGUUGUGUUAGUAGAGUGAAAGCAAGAACAGAUAAUAAGGGAAAUUGUUUGGGUCAAUAUGAACAACUGUAUAUUUGUAUUGAUCAUUGUGUGGCGAAGGAUUUGUUUAAUUAUUUAGCUUAG